CGCCGCCGCGCCUACGCGCUCAGGACGCGACUGCCACCACCCAGACCGAUUCUCAUCUCCAACCCCACCAUGUCCUCCAAAGACGCCCAUCUCUACGGCGUGCGGCCCAAGGGACGCGCAAAGGCGAAAGAAAUCUCCAGCUCGAGCAGUCUCGCCUUCUCCUCGACCCUCUCCAACCUCAUCAAGAACUCUUCCACGGAACCGAACAAGCCGACCGCGGGCCGCGCACGACCACAGAAGGAAGACAUCUUCAAGACACACAACAAGAAUGUCAAGAAGCGCGCAUUGAAGGACCUGGAAGACACCGACUUUACACAGAAGCACCGCGGGCGCACAACCGAGGAAAAGGGCGAAGAUGAAGUCGCAUGGAAGCGCACAAAGCGGCGCAUGGAAGAAAAGGCACGCCUCUACGAUGCCCUGAAGCGCGGCGAUGUAGAAGAUCUGGACGACAAAUACGGCGUAGACUUUGACCGCAAAUGGGCUGAGCAACAAGAAAAGGGCGGGGCAGAACAGGUCAGCUCAUCCGAGUCGGAAGAGGAGGAGGAGGAGGAACUCGUAGAAUACACGGAUGAGUUUGGGCGAACACGAAAGGGCACACGCGCAGAAGCUGCCCGCGAAGAGCGUCGAAAGCGCACCCUUGCCGCUGACGAACCCGACCGCUUCACCGCGCGACCCAGCAUGCCCACCGACAUAAUCUUCGGCGACACUGUACAAACACACGCCUUCAACCCCGAUGAGACCAUCGCCCAGCAAAUGGCUGAACUAGCCGCCAAGCGCGACAAAGAACUCACGCCACCACCCGAGGUACACUUUGACGGCAGAGCCGAGGUCAGGCAGCGUGGCAUGGGCUUCUUCAACUUCUCCAAGGACGAGGAGGAACGACAGGAACAGAUGAGGCGGAUUGAGAAGGACAGGGAAGAUACUGAGCGCGUGAGGCAGGAGCGCAAAGAGGCCGUGGAGAAGAGAAAGGCCAUGGUCAGAGAAAAGAAGAGGGCUAUACAGGAGAAGAGAAGUAAAGGGCAGGCGGAGAAGUUCUUGGAAGAGCUGGGCCAGGAGCUGUUCAAGGAGGGAGAGAAUGAAGCGGAGGAUAAAUCGACCGUCGCAGAUGAGGGCAAAGACGCUGUGUGAGCCGGAGUCUUGCCAUUUCACAUUCUACUAUGAUACCCCAAUACGAAGCAUAUCGUUCUAUUCAUAUUAAUGUUUGCGGUCCAAGAGCUUUCCUGAAUAAACAGUAUUGAGUUUCGAGAAGUGAAUAGAAUGCCUCUACUAGGAUAUUUCUGAACAACCUUCUGUAUUAACAGAGUGCGAGCCCGAAACUAUUACACUGUCUUUUAAGUGAUAAUGUAAUCAGCCUAGGAAUUUAUAGACUCAAG